AUGAAGAGUGAUGCAUCUGCCAUCUUCAUCGCAGCCUCGUGUAUCUUUGUUGCUCAACAACAAAAUGUUGAGCUUGACGCAGGCAAGAUUGUAAUUAUCAUAAUCUUGUCAUUCGCUUACGUCUCAGCUCUGCCAAAUAUUCCAAGUGCCAGCGUGGUAGCCGUGGUUACAAUUCUUAGUUCGGUUGGUGUUAAUGCAAAGGGCGCCUCAUUGCUCUUUGCAGUUGAGUUCAUCAAUGACCGUCUUCGAUCGGGUGGCGUGGCACUGUCACAUCUCUACUGUGCUGUUUUCACCUACCACGCCGUUGAAAAAGACUUUAAGAACAUCAAGGAAACGGAUAAGGUCGGAGAUGAUGGUGACGCUGAGUCAUUUGAUGGUGAAGUAGUCAAUUAA